AAGGCCAUCCAUAUAAGCUCUCGGCCCAGCUUAUAUUCAGUCUCUCUCUAUUCCAGUACCCUCGCUAGGGUUUAGUAACGCCGUUGCAGCAAGAGAAGCCGCAAAAUGGCCCCAAAGAGAGGAGGGAAGUUGGCUGCCACAUCGGCUAAGAAGAAAACUGAGAAGGUAGUGAAUCCAUUGUUUGAGAAGCGCCCAAAGCAGUUCGGUAUCGGAGGAGCUUUGCCUCCAAAAAAGGACCUUACCCGAUUUGUCAAAUGGCCAAAAGUUGUUCGGAUUCAAAGAAAGAAAAGGAUCCUCAAGCAGCGAUUGAAGGUCCCACCUGCAUUGAAUCAAUUCACUAAGACUCUGGACAAGAAUCUUGCAUCAAGUCUGUUCAAGUUGCUUCUCAAGUACAGGCCUGAGGACAAAGCUGCAAAGAAGGAACGGCUUUUGAAGAAGGCCCAGGCUGAAGCAGAAGGAAAAACUGUUGAGGCUAAGAAACCCAUUGUCGUGAAAUAUGGACUUAACCAUGUUACAUACCUUAUUGAACAGAACAAGGCCCAGUUGGUUGUUAUCGCUCAUGAUGUAGACCCCGUGGAGUUGGUUGUGUGGCUUCCUGCCUUGUGCAGGAAGAUGGAGAUCCCUUACUGCAUCGUCAAGGGGAAAUCACGAUUGGGAACUAUUGUCCACAAAAAGACAGCAGCUGCCUUGUGUUUGACCACAGUUAAGAAUGAGGAUAAGUUGGAGUUCAGCAAAAUACUUGAGGCCAUCAAGGCAAACUUCAACGACAAGUACGAUGAGUACAGGAAGAAGUGGGGAGGUGGCAUCAUGGGCUCCAAAUCACAAGCCAAGAGCAAGGCCAAAGAGAGACUUCUUGCCAAGGAAGCCGCACAGAGGAUGAACUAGGUCGAGUUUCAGUCUUAGAGGGAUGUUUUGUUCUGUUGUUUCUGUUUUCUUGUUUUGUUACAACAAUUCUGAUGUAGUUGGCUUAAAAAUAACUCUCAUUAUCACCCUCCAGAGUGGGGGGUUUUCCAUUCACUUUCAGGCCUCAUGUUAGGCUCCUUAUAUAUGCUAAACUACAACAUUUGUUUGCAAAUUUGAGAUUAUGACAUAUGAGUUGACAUUCCUUUUCU